UGAAGAAUUUCAACGAUAAAUUCGGAGAAUGGAAUCGUUUAUUAGCUUCCAGGUUGAAAGGUUGAAAUAAUGCCUGGUGCAAAAUGAUGAGAAGGGUUGAAAGCAGUGCAAACUUGUGCGCUGCAUGUGUAUUAGCAGAUCAUGAGAGACCGAGGGAAAUCGAGGGUCCUCUCUUUCGACAGCGAUGCCGACUAGUUGUUUGUUGUGCUGCGCUUAUGAGUUUUGCUGCGGUGGUCACCAUGUCAUUGCUUAACCAGCCUCCCAAACGCUCUCACAGGCUCUGGAUAACUCCUCAUGAUUAUCACAAUGCUCAACAGUUUUUUGACAAAAUGGCCCCCCAAUUGAACUCUGCUGAAUGGAAUUGCCCCUGCAAGACUUCGAAUACAGUUUCCGAGCGCCAAAACGAUUAUCACAUUGUUGAUUUCUUUGUUCUCAGAGAGCACGGGGAAUCGCUGCACGUUGAGACUAUCCAUCAUUACUGCUCCACUCUCAACGAUUCCUCCCAUUUUAAUGGAUUUUACGAGUCGUGCAACGACAUUUUGAGCAGUGGGUUUCAGUGGGGCGGUUGGAAUACCUGGUCCGGCAAAACGCUUUACAUGAAUUCCAUGAGAACGAGCAGCCUCAAUCCAGUCGCAUUCAUGUACGAUGCCUGUAUGUCAUGGGCAGGAGGUUUAUCGCAGGCAAGCUUCUCUUUUCUCGUCUCUCAGUUCGGAAAGAGUGGCGAGAAAACCAGGCAACUGGAGAAUUUUGGAAAGGGUAUGCAGGUCGCACUGAGGACGUGCUCUAUUCACAGCAGUUGGCCGCCGCCCACUGAGGAUUUCUACGCUGAUCAAGUGAUGGCCGCGGAUCCAAAUCUCAUUAAAAUGCAGCUGGGUAUUGUAAUGCAGUUCAAUUGGACAGAAUAUAUGGCCGUUUGUGCCCCAAGCUACUGUGAGCAUUUGAGAAUGAAUUCAGGAGCGUGGAUUUUGUUCACUGCGUUGGCUCAAAUGGGAGGAUUCAUUUCUGUAGCGGUUUUUACUCUGCAAGCAGUGAUUUGGCCAAUGAUCUGCUUUACAGGUGGAUGGCCAUCAAGUUUGACUACUGAGUCUCAAAGGCUUUGGGUAGAUCGAGUAUUGGCUUCACCUCCUACGUCUUUCCGUAGUCGUUUGAAAAGAUCCAAGAGCGCAUCAUUUUAAUUGCCCCACUCCGUACGACUGAUUUUGUAUGACGAAUCGGAAAAUGUAAAAUUAAAUGUCUAACUAGAAUUAGUGCUCUCAAAAACAUUGUAACUUGUCAAUAAUUUUUUAUGAAUUACUAGUGUAAAUGAAAUCGAAAAUGGGGUGUGUAAUUGAUUAAGAUGGGUAAGGCUAAAAG